AAAUGUCAUUUUUAUACUAUAAUUUACAAGAAAAUACUUUAAUCACGUUUUACGUUAACAUUUCGGUGGUUGCGCGUAUAUUUUGUGUGAUAAGCACGGGUGCCAUGUGGUCGUCAUGUGUGGGGACGCAUAACCUCGGCGCGGCGCUCGGGCGGCGCAUCACGUAACGUCGGGUCUUCGGGAGUGCCGAUGGUGAGAGCGGAGAUGGUGCUGAGUACUGAGUGGGCGCUAGUGGAGGUGGUCGAGCUCACGAACGACGGCAACGGGCUGGGGUUCAACUUAGUCGGCGGGAGGAGUACAGGGGUAGUGAUCAAGUUUGUCGUGCCUGGCGGAGCGGCCGAUAAGGACGGGAGACUUCAGAGCGGGGACCACGUGCUGCAAGUGGGUUCGGUGAACCUACGAGGGUUUACGUCGGAGCAAGUCGCGUCCGUGCUUCGCCAGUCUGGCGCCACCGUCCGGCUGCUGGUAGCUCGCCCGGCAGACCCCGCCGUCGCCCUCCGUGCCCCGCUGCCCGGGACGGCGCUCGUGCCCACCAAGAUCCUCACCGACCCCGACCAGCUCGACCGCCAUCUCGUCGAGAGCGGCUACGCGGCCAUCUACGACCUCUCCCAGUGCUACGGCGAAUAUGUCAAUGGGCAGAAUGGAGUUGAAAACGUUGCGGCGGUUGUGAGCGUACUUGGCGAAAUCCCACAAGAAAUCCAGGAACAACCUGUUGUUGCGGUGUCUCCAACAAUUACUAUUACUGUACCUGUGGAAUUGCCUAACUUGCCCGAGGUAGAAAUAGUUCAUGUAGAUUUAAACAAAAACGUCUAUGGCUUAGGGAUCACAGUAGCCGGUUACGUCUGUGAGAAGGAAGAACUAUCCGGUAUCUUUGUGAAGAGCAUCAUAGAAGGAAGCAGUGCUGAGCAAAGUGGACAAAUUAAAUUAAAUGAUAGAAUAAUAGAAGUAGAUGGAAUAUCUUUAGCAGAUAAAAGCAACCCUCAGGCUGUGGACAUUUUGAGAAACACAGGUAUUUCGGUGCACUUAGUGUUAGAGCGGUAUUUAAGAGGUCCAAAGUUUGAGCACCUGCAGCUAGCAAUAUUUAAUGAGGAGCGUCCUCCAUCACCGUCACCUUCCACAACCACCCUCUCCUGGUUCCCCGUGCCUUCCCAAGAUGACAGUACUACUAAGAUAGAACCGGAGCGGGAAUCCAACACUACUAUAGAUUCCAGUGUAUUAGAAAUUAUUGAUACUGAAGUGAUUGAACCAUCUCAAGAGGAACUUGAUAAGAGAUUGGAUGAGAUACUAGCUGUAGAUAAGGAAGAAAUUAAGAAAAGGUGGUCAGAAGAAAUUGGCUCAGAAAAAUCCAUUUUGGUUGCUGAAGUGAACAAGCUUGGUGCCUUGGGGAUCAGUCUAGAAGGUACUGUAGAUGUAGAAGGCGGCCAGGAGGUCCGGCCUCAUCACUAUAUCCGAUCUGUGCUUCCAGAGGGCCCAGUUGGACAGCAAGGGACUCUAACGGCUGGAGACGAGCUUUUAGAAGCGAACGAAUACAGACUACACGGGCUGACACAUACAGAAGUCGUAUUUAUCCUCAAACAAUUGCCAGACCGCGUUAGGCUGGUUGUAGCACGCCCCGAAACUGGUCCUCGGUCUGUUAUCAACUUAGCAUCUGACCGAGAAGCAUUUGAAGCUAGAAAAAUAAUAUCUGGCAGUCUCAACAACCUUACUACUCUCAUCAAAGCGCAGUCAGACACCUCAAUCAACACAUCAAGCACUGCAACUCUCACUAACCACUCCGGUCUCUCCAAGAAAUCCCGCUCUUUAGAGUGUGUAUCCGGGCUAGCCAUGUGGCAAAGCAAAGAGGACAUUGUCGAGCUUGUCAAAGGAGACCAGGGUCUAGGCUUCUCUAUAUUAGAUUACCAGGACCCAAUAGAUCCACAGGGCACAGUAAUAGUUGUCAGGAGUUUAGUUCCUGGUGGUGUAGCUGAGAAAAAUGGAGAGAUAUCGCCAGGGGAUAGAGUCAUGUCUGUAAAUGGGGCUAGCAUUAAAAAUGCGACCUUAGACCAAGCUGUGCAGGCUCUAAAAGGCGCUCCGCGUGGCGUUGUCAAAGUUGGCAUAGCACGUCCAAUGCCGCCUCACGAAAACUCGAAAUCUAAAAGCACAAGCACUCUAAACACCGUCAAACCAAGUUAAUCUUUACUCUGUGAUUAUACCAGUACUAGUCAAGUUGAAGUCAUAUCAAUCUUACGCUUAAUUGAGAUUAACAUACAGCGUCUCAGACGCGGGCGCUUGUCUGUAAAAAAAACUACAAAGGCAUACUGGUGGUCAAAAACGUAAACGAAAAUAGUGAUGAAAUUUUUACUCAUUGUUUCCAAUCUCCGAGUUUCCAAUAUUUUGUGUAGGAAUCUGAAUAUAAUUGCACAGUUAAAAAUAUACAGUUACAAUAGACGUAAUGUAAAGGCAUUCUCUAUCGGUCAAGCUUUAGGGUAAACAUUGUUGCUAUGCAAAUUUUACCCAUAUUUAUUGCUCUUAACUGAAUUCAUUACAGACUAAAAAUUACUGUUAAGCUUGAUACAAUGCCUAAAUUAUAUUAACUUCACACGACCAUCAGUAACAGCCUAAAAUUACACUCAUUCAAAAACUCGCCGUAUGUGCAGGCCGUAAGGCACAAAAUGCAUUGCAGUCUUAAUGCACUAAUCUGUACUUCAUCUAUCGACAUGCGAAGACAGCUCAACUCUAUGAUACAAUAAUAAUUUACGCUUUACUAGUUAUAUUUUAUCGUCGUAAGUUCACGAAAAUUUUGUAAUGCACAGAAUCUUAAGGUAGCUAACCUGUUAUUUCUGCAGGGGCCUCGGUCGUUGAAAAAUGAACUUUAAGGGCAUCAUUAUAAGGUGCCUAGAAUGUAUCAAUCAAAAAUGCACUUACGAAAACUUAGCUAUAAGUAUAAAAUUUACCUAAUGCAAAAUGAACUCUACAACAAGAUCACAAAGUUCAUUUUUGAUGAAAUCAGGCACCUGCAAGUUGUGAAUGUAUGGGCUCACUUAAAGACGUGUAGGACUGCAUUUGUUUACUAGUUUAGGCCUUCUGCACUGCCUUCAGGAUCUAAGUAAAAAUAUAAACUAAAUUAUAUGGCAGUACCUCUAUUGGACAACUAUUAGAUUUUCUAGCAAACUUAGGUUGUAAACAGUAAUCACAAAUGUGUAGAUAUUAAACUAAGGGAGCAAUUAUAUAAAUACGAAUUUUAUGUAAAUAAUAUAAAUAUCAGUUUUAAACUUCAUUAUCUUGUGGAUUUGAAUGCGAAUUGAGUUUUUAAAAUGUAUUAUUGUGAGCUUAACAACUUUGUAUCUCAUGAAACAGAUGGACAAUCUCAGCAUUUUAAAUGUAAAAUAAUAUGUAUUUCAACAGACAUACAAGAUCUGUGGAUUAAUAAUUUUAGUUUUGCUUUUGAAAUUGGCACGCUAAGCGCUUCUUGCCAUGACAAUUAAAUUCUUGCCUUAUUGAUCUGAAACAUACAUAUGUAAAAUACAAUUAUAUUUAUUCUUUGCAUUUUGUUAUAUUUAUUAAAGUAUAUAAAUGUACGCUCAGCAGAAUAGAACGUUGGGUCUUGAACAUAUGUUAAAGUCAUCGGGGCAAAUACCAAAGGGAGUUUAGGGUCAAAUGCGUAUACCCUAUCAACAACCGUAAAUAAAAUAGAAGCCCUUCCACCGUGACUUGAAUGAACGUAUCCUUUCCUUACUGGAAAUGUGAGGUAGCGGUGUAAUCGCCUUUAACCUAGGUUGUGGCCAUGGUAGGCCGCAAGUUGCCCCAAUGAAUCUUAAAAUGAGAAAGUAUCUGUUACUUAUCAGUUAAGCCCUGCUACUGGCAGUCCUUUAAGAGCAAUAGGAUAUCUGCAUAUAUAUUACUUUCUCUCUAUAACAAAUAGCUGUCUCCUGCCUCCGACCCAUGACUCCCAUGAGUACAGUCAGUAGCAGAAGUUGCUAAGCGGGCGAGGGAUUCAAAAUUACCUUGACACGCUCUUAUUCUCUCAACAAUAAAAUCGCGCCAACAUCACUUUGAACAGCUCGCCCGCUUAGCAACUUCUGGUCUGCUGCUGACAGUACUAAGCUUUUUGAAAUACUUUGUGAUUCCAUGAUAUUGUGGGGUUCUAUUCUGUUGCCAGUGCAUAAAUUGUUAAUACAGAGUAAGUAAAAGGUGCACGAAACACUAGAGGAGCACAUUGUGAUAUGGAUGUUAUUUGUAAACUAUUUACUUUGGGGCCCUAAAUAAUUGUUCGGGCUUUUUAUGUACUUACCUUCUAACAGUAGGUGUGUAGGCAUUUAUUUUGUUGAGAAUGUAAAGCUAAACAAAAUUAGUUAUUACAAAUGUAGUGUAUAAUUGUUUUCCAUUAUAUUUUCUCGGAAACGUUCGUAUUUGUCAUGCUAUUUCAGUCAACCUCAGUACUUUUUGUACCGACACUGACUGAAAUAAUCAAGAGAUACGGUUGUAUAGUUUGAUAACUAAAUGCAAACAGUAUUGUCACAUUCAGUUAUAUCGGAAAGACCACGGUGCUCAAAAAUAUUUGAACAUGCCUUUAUUGUCGAGAGUACUUUAUAUCUGACCAUCAGUGGGCCUUAUUUAUUUGUUAUAAAGUCUACGAUUUGUCAGAUGAAGCCCAAUAUUUAACAAGUCAAAACACUUUGACAAUAGAGUCGUGUUUACGUAAUUUAUUUGUAACUAAGAUCUGGUUUUCAGUCCAUAAAAAUAAUUCCGAAAAGCUUUACAUUUUCAUUCAUACCUUAUACGUAAAUUUUACUAUAAUUUUAUAAUUAUACUUACUCAUUUAUGCCCGUUGUUUUAACUUUUUUAGUAUUGUUUGAGUACUUACAGAUCUCUAUAACUAUAGUAUUUAUAUUGUAUAUGUAAGUGAAUCUUUUAAUAAAACAGAAUGCACACAUACAAGGAGUUAUUAUUCAUAAAUUAAGUUUCACAACAACCACACACACAAGCACAUAAUAUUUAUCAAGUUUAUUCUACUAAAGUUCUAUUCCUAAAUUAUUAAAUUGAACACAUGUUUUAUGAUGUUUCGACCAGCAUUAUUGCAAAAGAAUAAAUUCUAAAAUAAAAGAUUUCGGCAUAUCAAACAAUAAAAAGAAUUGUUUAUAAAUACAUAUGUAUAACAUUUAUUUGACAACAAACGCAAGCAAUACAUGGAUAUAUACUUAUAUGUGUGCAUUAAAUAUUUAGACUUGUUAAGCGAACUGUCAAUUUUAUUGUAAUAAUUAAUUUCACUUUAUUCAACAUGUACCAUAACAUAGCUUUAGUCUCUUUUUUGCUACUUACAAUCUUACAAUGAAUAUCUAUUGUAAUGUAUAAAAUAAAUAACUACGAUUCAAAACAACUAACUAUAUAGUGCGAAGUUACUUUCUUGUUUAACCAAGAAACAACUGUCUUGAAAAAAAAACCACUGACUUAAGGGGUGUCCCCAAAAUGUAAAUAAAAAGCUGUUUUUGGGGCAAAACUUAUUUUAAUACAAGUAGCUUAAACAACACAAAAUUAACGCUGAAACUUAAAAUUACACAAUGUUAAAUGUAAUCACAAACUUAAAUAUGCACCUGACAGAAUAGUAUAAAUUUAGUGCUAAAUUAUACAAAGAUGAUUUUUCUAGAAUAUUGGCGCCAUAUAUAAUUAUAUUCCUAAUAUAUCUCAGCAAAAUAUACAAAGAAAAAGUUAGUAAGACGCGUUAAUUAAUAUAAAACAUUGUGGAAACAAGUUUGGCAGCUGAAGUAGAUGGCGAUGUACGUCGCUUUACGUUACGUGCUACAGAUUUGUCAAAUUAUAAACUGAAAUAAAUGUCAUAUACUAAGAAAAUGUACCUAGCACCACCACUGAAGCACUUACCGCGAUAGCAGAGGACGCUGGUUCGAUUCCAGCCUGGGGCACUGCAGGCAUUGGUCACUUUUUCUUAGUAUAUGACAUUUAUUUUAGUUUAUAAUUUAUAUAGUAGUGUUUCUACUUGAAAUAAAAACAAAUUAAAAUAUUUUCUGUGAAUAAUUUAAAUUGUUCUAAUACUUCUAAUAGUAGGUAUGUGAAAUGUUAUAAUAUAGCCUGGCAAUAUACGAAACUAUCUACAUCAGCUGUCUAAAUUUGCUUCUACAUUUGUUUACACUGCUGUUCUAAAAAUUUUCAAAUAUGAAAGAACCCCUAAAAUGUUAAAAUCCUCUAGCAAAAUCGCUGUUACAUAGCUUGUCUGUUUGUUAUGUCAUUACCACAUCCCAAAUCUUCCUUUAAUCAGACUGAGUAUUUUAUAUAACCUGAAUAUAUGUAAUAGUCGAGGAAACCCCUAUAGGCAACUUGAUGGUUCCUACCAAUAUGCUACAACAUAAUCUGCUUUGUUAAUUAAAGUUUCACCAGGAACAUGUAAAAUGCAAUGAAGUUCGCAGUUACUACCUUCUAAGAUGUCAAUCAAAGUUUAAAGCGUUUAUUGUUUUUAAAUUUGUUUAAAAUACAUGUCUUCAAUGGUUAGUAGGUAUGUACUUGUUUAUACAUUUUUUCUUUUUGACAAAGGUACAAUAAUAACUCAUCAAAAUGAAAAUUAACAUGCAAACACAUUUCUUACUAUUUGCAAAAUAAUAACUCUUCAAAAUGAAAAUUAACAAGCAAACACAUUUCUUACUAUUUGCAAAGACUUGUUUGUAUAGUCUCAGGAAAUGUCUUGUCCCACGUUUGAUAGCUAAAGUAGAUUACGCAGCCCGGCGGCAUGUGUUUUGUGGUAACUGGAUUCUGUCAAACGUCAACUUUUGACAACAAGAUGUCGCUUUGGUUGAAGUACUUACCUAUUUCUGCAUAUUUACCUAAGUAUUGGUGAAACUUUAUUAAUUAAUAAUUAUACUUACGUAACAUAAGUUAAUUUGUACUAAUUUUAAAUGUACCAGUGAGAUGUAAAAUAAGUAACGUUAGCUUGGCACUCACUAGUGCAGGACACCACAAUGUUAGCCUUACACCAGGUAUGAAUAACAAAAAUUAUAAUUAUACAAGUAAAACAAA